AUGACCUCCAAGGUGAUCGCGUUCCUGUUCGUCUUCAUUCUCAGUGUCCACGGCGGAUUCGACGAUUGGCAAUAUGAAACUCCUACAAGAUCAAUACAAGCUUUGAAACCUAAAGGACUACGCGUAUUCCUACCAGGUGACCCGCGAAUUAAAUUGUUUUUAUUUGAGGGAUACAUUCAAAAUGAUACACAAAAUACAACUGUGUUCUUGAACAAAAGGGAUUUUUGGGGUUUUGGGCAGAAACAAAAGAACCGAGAUGGGUGGAUAUUUGAAGAUCACAAUAUUGCUUUGGAAGUUGGUCAAACCAUUGUACAUCGAUCCUUCGUCUCUAUCGGAAACCCAUUUAUCAAAACGAAUGGUACGAACAAAGACGCCUUGCUUCAACUCGCUGGAUAUUAUUCGCCGAUGGGAAUUUUUACUGUUAAAGUAUUAGAAGACCCAGCUACUCCUGGGGCUCAUUGUCCGAAAACCGCCACCAAGGUCAGAGGUGGGUACGCCUGUGCCCAAGAAGUAAUUUUCGAAGAUAAUUUCGACAACUUUCGUGAAGACCUUUGGCAGAUUGAACAGUAUAUACCGUUUAAUCACCCUGAACAUCCGUUUGUGUCUUAUCAAAGGCCGCUGUCUUCAGAUUCAAAUUCCAAUAUUUUCAUUGAAAAUGGUUUUUUGAACAUUGUACCCAAACUUCAGGAGGACAUAUUAAAGCAAAACAACGAGUCUAUACAGACUGGCGCCUUGGAUCUAUUAAGCGGAUGUACCGCAGAUACGUGCGUGAUGAAAGCAACUGGUGUUAACAUUCUACCGCCUAUAGUUAGUGGACGAUUGACGAGUGCCCGGUUUGCUUUUACCUACGGAACUAUUUAUAUUCGUGCCAAACUGCCCAGGGGUGAUUGGAUUUAUCCAGAAGUACUUCUGGAAUCUUCGACGAAAAAAUACGGCAGCCUAAAUUACGCAUCGGGUCUUCUAAAAGUUGUGCUGUCCCGUGGUAAUGUAGACACGAACAGCCGACAUCAUAGUAUCCAAGAAAUUAGUGGAGGUCCGGUAAUAAACGCUAAGUGUCGUGAUUCCUUAGAGUUUUACUAUAAAAAAAUCUCAGAAGGAUAUUGGAGCGAUGACUUUCACGAAUACGCUCUUGAGUGGACACCAGAAAAGAUAUCCUUGUACGUGGACGGUGUUAAUUUUGCCACGUACCUGCCGGGGCCUGCGGGGCUGCGCGCGUGGUUGCCUCAGUCUUGUCGUGGGGAGUGGUACGAAUUGUUCCGAAACGCGUCCGUCAUGGCACCUUUUGAUCAUCACUUUCAGAUAGCUUUAGGUGUCGCUGUUGGAGGCACUAUGGAAUUUCCGGAUGGAGUCAAAUCAGGUGGUAAGCCGAAACCCUGGAAUAAUAGGGGACGAAAGGCCAGCCUUAGUUUUUGGCAAGAUAAAGAAAACUGGUUACCAACUUGGACCCAGCCUGGAUUGGUUGUCGACUAUGUUAAAGUUGUGGCUUUGUAAUCAAUUCUACAACUUUUAUGACUGAAAUAUAAGUAAAUGUUUAUCAAAUAGCUCACAAAUUAAACUUAUUACCUCAUUUUAUGUUAUUUAUAUUUUAAUAAAUAAAAUGAAUU